AUGGUUUAUGUUCGGUAUUGUAAUCGUCAUUAUUAUGUUGAAAGUAGUGGAAAAGCUGGUGAUGUGGAAAAUUUGGGUGAGAAAAAAAUGUCUUUCGAGGAUGAUAUGGAGGGUCUGAUGGGUUUUCUGAGAUUUCGUUUGUCACAGUCGUCAAUUGAGGGGUUUAGUCUUCGCGUGAAUCGUCUUCACGACUGUGGCUGCUGUCGUGACUAUGACCACCGUGGUGAUGACAGCCAUGACCAUGUUGGUCAUAGUUUCGGCCGUAAUCGUCUCCGAGCGAACGCUUUAGGGCGCGGAUUUGCUGGUGCACUUGAUAGUACGAUAGCGUCAUGUUUGUCUUGA